UUCCAAAUGGCAUGGCGAUUCACACUACCUCUUCAACUCCCUAUAAUAAUAAACCCAAAUUUAUUUGUUUCUCCAAAUUCUUCUAUGCUUAAGAGACUCCUCAUUUCUUCCUCAUCUCGUUACAACUACUUCCCCAAAAAACCAAAUAAAUUACACUUUUGUAACACGUCUACUCCCUUAGCCAAAUCUAGUGGGCCUUUUUCCAUUUUUUUUCGUCAGCCCAUAUACUCUUUGAGUGUUGUUGCUAUGGCUGAAAAGUCAUCAUACAGUAGUAGUUCUUCGGAGACACAUAAAUAUACUAAUCGUCUUGCAUCUGAACAUAGUCCUUACCUUCUUCAGCACGCUCAUAAUCCGGUUGACUGGUAUCCAUGGGGUGAGGAGGCCUUUUCUGAAGCUCGCAAAAGAGAUGUGCCAAUCUUUUUAUCAAUUGGUUACAGUACUUGUCAUUGGUGUCAUGUCAUGGAAGUUGAAUCUUUUGAAGAUGAAGAGGUCGCCAAAAUGCUAAAUGAUUCAUUCGUUAGCAUCAAGGUUGAUAGAGAGGAGCGUCCAGAUGUUGAUAAGGUGUACAUGACAUAUGUGCAAGCUUUAUAUGGUGGUGGCGGUUGGCCACUAAGCGCCUUUCUUUCACCUGAUUUGAAGCCCUUGAUGGGUGGGACUUAUUUUCCUCCAGAAGACAAAUAUGGAAGACCAGGAUUUAAAACGAUACUUAGGAAGGUGAAGGAAGCAUGGAAUAGCAAGAGAGAUAUGCUUGUCCAGAGUGGAGCCUUUGCAAUAGAACAAUUAUCAGAAGCUUUGGCGGCAACUUCAACAUCAAAUAAGCUAUCAGAUGAGGUUUCGCAAGCUGCAAUGCGUAAAUGUGCUGAUCAUCUAGCAGAAAGCUAUGAUUCAAAAUAUGGUGGAUUUGGUUCUGCACCCAAAUUUCCUAGGCCAGUUGAGAUGCAACUGAUGUUUUACAACUCAAAGAGGUCUGGGGAGACUGGAAAAACAGGUGAAGCCAAGAAUGCACUAAAAAUGGUCUUGUUCACUUUAGAAUGCAUGGCGAGGGGUGGUAUCCAUGAUCAUGUUGGCGGUGGUUUUCACAGAUACAGUGUGGAUGAAUGCUGGCAUGUUCCACAUUUCGAGAAAAUGUUAUAUGAUCAAGGUCAACUUGUUAAUGUCUAUCUGGAUGCUUUUUGUAUCACAAAAGAUGUGCUCUAUUCAAGUUUGUCUCGUGAUAUACUUGACUACCUGAGAAGGGAUAUGAUUGGUCCAAGUGGUGAAAUAUUUUCGGCUGAAGAUGCUGAUAGUUAUGAAUCUGAAGGUGCCUCACGGAAAAAGGAGGGUGCUUUCUAUGUCUGGACAAGUACUGAGGUUGACAACAUAGUAGGCGAGCAUGCAACGCUUGUCAAGGAUCACUACUAUAUAAAACCUUCAGGUAAUUGUGAUCUUUCAAGGAGGAGUGAUCCACAUAAUGAAUUCGAGGACAAAAACGUGCUAAUAGAAAGGAUUAGUACAUCUGCAAUGGCAUCAAAACAUGCUUUGCCUGUUGAGGAGUAUCUUGAUAUCCUGGGGAGCGCUCGCCGAAAACUUUUUGAUGUGAGGUCAAAACGUCCCCGACCCCAUCUGGAUGAUAAGGUUAUUGUAUCGUGGAAUGGACUAGUGAUUUCAUCUCUCGCUAGGGCGUCAAAAAUUCUGAAGGGAGAACCAGAGGGAACAAAAUUCUACUUUCCAGUGGCUGGCACCAAUCCCAAGGAGUACAUGGAUGUCGCUGAGAGAGCCGCACAUUUUAUCAGGAAACACCUUUAUGAUCAACAGACGCGCAGGUUGCAGCAUAGCUUCAGGAAUGGUCCCUCCAAAGCACCUGGAUUUCUAGAUGAUUAUGCAUUUCUGAUAUCAGGUCUGCUGGAUAUUUAUGAGUUUGGUGGUUCAGUCUUCUGGUUGGUUUGGGCGCUCGAACUCCAGGAGACCCAAGACGAAUUAUUUCUCGACAAAGCCGGAGGAGGUUACUUUAGCACAACUGGUGAAGAUCCUUCAGUUCUUCUCCGUGUGAAAGAAGAUCAUGAUGGGGCGGAGCCUUCAGGAAAUUCUGUUUCAGUGAUUAAUCUAGUGAGAUUGGCCUCUGUGGUUGCUGGUGACAAAUCCAAACUUUACAAAGAGACUGCAGAACAUGUUCUGGCGGUUUUUGAGAAGCGGUUGAAAGAUGCAGCUGUUGCUGUGCCACUGAUGUGCUGUGCAGCAGAUAUGCUGGCUUUUCCAUCCAGGAAGCAAGUAGUUCUAGUUGGAGUAAAGUCUGCUGAGGAGUUUGAAAACAUGGUUACUGCUGCUCAUGCAGCAUAUGAUCCUAACAAAACAGUGAUUCACAUUGAUCCCACCGAUGCGGAAGAUAUGGCAUUUUGGGAAGAAACUAAUGGAAAUAUUGCUCUGAUGGCGAAGAAUAAUGCUGCUGCGGACAGAGUGAUAGCCCUUGUUUGCCAAAACUUCACGUGUAGUCCUGCAGUCAGUGAUCCGAAAGCUCUCGAAUUGUUGCUGUCGCAGUAAAUACCAGUAGUAGUUCAAGAGAAUGUUUAUAGAGUGGCGAAAAGCUAGAGAGACAGAGAUCGGUUGUUGGUCUCUUUCAUGUGUUUACAAUAAGGUUCUGCAAUGGUGGUUGGUGUGUUCUUGUGAAUCAACUGAUCGACUAUACUACAGUUUAUUAUCUUUGGACAAGAGUAGUUCAAAGGAAUGUACAUAAAAAGCUAGAUAUAUAGGCCACUUUUGAGUUUAAUGAAAUGUUUAAUGUAAGGUCAAUCCUGGUGUUGGAGAAUAUUAAGUUCCUCACUUCUCAACAAUUGGAGUAAACGCAAAGGUUAUGUUUAUUAAAUAGUUUCACUUUGUGAUCA